AAGUCACGUGGGGCUGGAGCUGAACCUGAGAACUUUGAGAAAGUGAGGAGAAUUGAGCAGAGUGAGAGCUGGAGUGAGCUUCACACUGACUGCACUCACCGUGGGGAGAGGAUAAAUCUGUUCAUGAGCGGGGAGGACAAUGGCCGAUGCUGCGGAUUCCAGAGACUCCGAGAAUAACUGGGUGAUUGCAAACAACGAGCAGGCAUUUCCUGUAGAGACUUUGGGAGCAGCACAGACAGGGUCACCUAAUGUUCCUGAGGAUCAUGGGCCAGCAGAUUCUGAAAAAAGCCACAAAGCUGAAGAAAUCGAAAGUUCUUCAAGUCUGAAAGAGACAAAGGAUAGUGAACCACCAUCACUCCCUGCUGAAACUCUGAUACCAGAACAGCAAGUCGAUAUAACUCCAGAGGAGCCGGAAGUCAUCCCAGAGGACACAGAGCAACUUCUUCCCAAACCACGCUCUGCAUUUACAAGUAAAGUAGAGCACUGCGUUCUGAGUCUAGCGCAGUACAUUCCCGACACAUUGAAGAGCUGGGGAGAGAGCUCCGCUAGCAGAACAGAUGAAGAUCUGGAAGAAGUGAGUUGCUCUAGCAGUGAUGAUGACGUUGAGGGUCUCAGAAAGCGGAAGUUGAGAGGAACCUCUCCAGUCAGUGUUGGAGCCGUUCCCAAGGAAGUUGCUGAGCAAGAGGAAGAUGGGGGAUUUGGUCUGACGCUCAAUAAGUGCAUCAUCGCUGCCCUGGCAUUGAUUGGCAUUGGAUUCUUGGCAUUCUCAGGGGGAUUUGGGACAGAGGAAGAUUCACCACAGACGGUAAUAACGCGCAGCGUGAGUGGAGAAGAUGGGCAGCCACAAGCCAUUGCUGAUAUACAGGAUUGGAUGGAAAAACAUGCUGCACAAUUUUCAGGGGAUCCUGGAAGUUUCAAGGUGAUAAGUGAUCUUCUGGACAAAGUGGCCAAAGAGAAUCAAGACAUUCGGCAUAUGCAGGCUAAGCUCCAGGCACAGAAAGAGGAACUUGAAUCGUUGUUAAAUAUCAGUGAAAGUGAACGGGUCUCUCCAAGCCCCCAGCAUGAAGGACUGUCAGAAGAGAAUAUUAGACUGAAGGAUGUGCUGCUGAAGGAGGAGACAGCCCACUUGUCUGCUCAGGAAGAGCUACAGAGUCUGCAGGAGAAAUUGGAGACCCUGGAGGGCAAUAGUCUCGAAAGUCAACAGUUGGUUUUAGAGAACACAAAGCUGAAAGAAGAACUAGACAUUUCCAGGAAGCAGAUUGAAAGCUUCUUGACACAGAAAGAGACAUUGGUGGCAGAAUCUCAGAUGCUUAGGCAGGAACUGGACAAACAACGGUCAUUAGUGGCCUCUAUCAGGCGAGAUUUGGAAAGUCUGACUACACAGCAAGACACCCCUGACUUAGUGGUGGAUGAACAGCAACUGCAGGGGAAGAUUUCAGAUUUAAGUAGUCGUUUGGCAUUGGAAGUACAAAGGUCAGAGACAUGGGAGAAGACCUAUGUAGAGCAUGCAGAGAAGAGGAAGGCACAAGUUGGGGAUCACAGCCACAAAGAGUGGAAGAAGGGAGAGAGACAGAGCAGAACUUCCAAUAUGUCCAUAUCGGCAGGAGAGUUCAAAAAGUUUGGGAAGGAUCAUGGUCGAAGACAGAAAGAAGGAGAGGUAAAGGAACCUCAGCAUGAAGAGUGGAAGAGAAAGAAGCAUGAGCAUCGUGAAGAGCAGAAGGAGCAGCCAUGGCAUAAUAAGAAGCACAGGGAAUGGGAAAGAGAGCAACAGAGGAAAGAACUCCAAACGGAGAGCACUGUGGAAGAAUUAGGGAAAAUCCAAGAGCAAAGGCACUCCGACUCUGCUCAUCAUUCUCAUGAGAACACAGAGAGAAACUGGAAGGAAAAACAUUCAAAGCAUCACCACGGAGAGACUGAAGGUGGAUUUCAUCCUCGUAAGGGACAAAAGGAUUUUCAUGCUCAGAAAGAAGAAGAGGAUAACCAUAAGAGAAAGGAGCAAGGGGAAAAAAAACACAAGAAGGACUCACACCACAGACACCAUGAACACAACAAGUUCUGGAAAAAGUUAUCAGAUCACCAGUACCGUAUCCCAGAGGGAUGCUCAGGUUUGGAAGACUGUGCACGGAAAGAUGGCAUUGAUCUCUUUAACUUGGAGCUAAAGCCAGUUCAAAGGAAGCAGUUUGAAGACCUCCUUAAAAGUUACUUGGCCAAAACCAAUUUCUCUGAUCACCUGCCAGGACUUAUCCCACUUCUUGAUGGUUUUUUUGAGGGGCCUGUCUUUUCUCAUGACAAAAUUCGCUUCCGGGACUUUGUGGACGAUGUAGAAGAUUUCCUUGAAGACCUGGCCAAGAAGGAGACUGGAAGUGAUGAUGCAGUGGACGAUUUUGAGAAGUAUGUCUACAUCCAUUUCUUUGGUGAAGAAGCCACUAAGAAGAAGAGAUACAAUAAGAAAGACGCCCACAAGAAAACUGACCCUGACAAGGACCACUGGAAGAAGUCGUCCAUACAUGAACCUCACCACCACCGUAACACAGAACCUCGUAAGAAACCAGCGCAGAUGGAGAACAGCCAGGCUGAAUCCAGACAUAAAUCAUCCAAGGAAGGAAAGGAUCCUCACACUUCUAAAUACAAACCUUCCGUAAAAACCUACCGGGAUAAUGAUGUGCCUUCUCAUCAGAACCAACAGAGGACACCAAAUCGGCAUUACCAGGAAAAACAAGACGACAAAGAUCACAAAUAUGAACAUGAAGGAACCCAAAAUUAUAAAUCUACUAAAUAUCACUUCCACAAAGAUAGAGAUGAACAUGGGCACAAAAAGUUCAAUCCACGAUAUGAGGAGGAAGUGGGACUAAAUUACCAUCAUGUGGAGAAGGGGUCCAACUUUAAAAAGGAGCAGAAUUAUCACCAGCUGGACCGCAAAACCUACAAACCUCAAAAUGAAAAAAGAGAAGGGGAUGCCCAUGGCUACAAGCACAAAAAGUACGAUACAUAUGAUGAGAGUUGGUCACAAAGCCGCCAUAAAAAGAACAAGGAAGAGGUGGGACAUCAGAAGUAUGGUGACCACAAGCCAACGUUUGAGAGUAAUGGAAAGCCGGAACAAGGUCAUAAGGCUAAAUACACAUCACCCCACAAUCAGAAUGAGAGAGAUGGAAAGCCAGUAAACCUUCAAGAUCACAAACUUCACAAGCAGAAGCAUGAAAAAGAUAUGUUUAACAAACAUCACAAAAUGUCUAAAGAACAUCAUAGGGAAUAUGAAAGUCAUGACCAUUAUAACGUUUACCAGAAAUCACCAGAAAAAAAGCCUUGGAAGGAAUCAAGAAAUCAUGAACAAGGACCAGAUGAGUUCUCCUAUAAUAAAGACAGGAAGGCUUUCCACCAUUAUUCUUCCGAUCGAAAAUCUAAUAAGGACAGAAACAAAAAUCACCACAAGGCUUCUAACCACAAGUGGCAGAAAGAAAAUCCACGUGACCAUAAACACAACAUCAACACUGAUGGCGACAACUAGCAAAGAGACAAGGAUCCCAAACGCAGAGAGCAGUGGUAACGAGGCUGACCUGUAUGAAAUCCAUCAAACAAUAGCCUUUCUAUCAGCCCAACAUUUUAAAAACAUGAUUUCAUAUUCCAAUUUUAUAUCUGCACACCCAACAAUUCAUUUUAUUUUUCAGAUGUUUUAGGUACUGCAAUUAUUUGAAAGUCGUUCACCAAUUAUUAAUCUUAGAUCCACAAAGCACUUUGUCCCAACGUCUAUUGUUUAUUCACUGGCCUUUCAAAGGGGGAGGGUACAGUGAAACCCCCAUUCAAAUUGCACUUUGGCCCCUUUAUCACUUUUUUAUAUAUUUAUAAACUUUUUUUUUUCUUUUUUUGAGAGCACUGAUUUUCUUCAAUGUCCAUCCUCCUGCUAAGUCAGUACCUCUGAGAACCAGUGGUCAUUUGAAAACCGAUAUUGCCCCAAUAAUAGACUGCACUGUAAAUAUCUAGUCUCCUUCAUGCCUGCCACCACUGACUGCGUCUAUUUUGAGAUGGUCUUUUUUUUGGUUUUUUUUUGUCUUCUCCUGCGCUGAGAUGUUUCUGUAUAUACCGGUAGAUACGAGGACCUGACUUAACUCACACUUUUUUCUCCACGACCAGUGCUUUAGAAGAAAAUUUCCACCAGUGGCUGCGAGAUAUCGAGUCUGCUCUGCCAUUACCUGCUGUAUUGUCCAAGUCUGAGGUGUCUGUGUGUAUUUAAUGUGCCUUAAUUUAUGAAGGAUAAAGUAGGUUUCAUAAAUAGGAUCUCUUCAUCCACUCCUUAGUCCUGUUUGGUCAAAUCCAAAUUCAAGCUUUGGAAUCCCUUUCUCAAGAACAUAGAAUAAGCUGUGCUUAGUUAAAAAAUAAAAAUAGACUACUGAUCUGAUGUUAAAUAAUACUUUUGUCAUUUGCGUGUCAUAUCUAGCCUUCCUAUUCUCUAAGAUCGUUCCCACCACUGCGGUGUUGUGGACACAAAGUGCUGGUCACUCUGUUAUAGAAAGAUUAAUUUGCUAGUAGCAGAUACACCGUGGGUUUAUUAGCUGUGUUGCCAAAGUACUUUGUUGUUUGACUUUACUGGUCGGGUACUUUACAAAUCCAUUAAUAACUUUUUAAUAAAAAGUCUCUAAAUGUACGUCACUGAACUCAGAUAUACCUUACCUGGUAUUUUAUAAGCAGCUAUGAAGAAAAGGGCAUACUGAAAGAUACAUUUUCAUUUAGCGCAGAAGAGGACUGGGCACACUAUUCGGCAGGUAUGACCCCCAGCAAUUAUUUAAGGACAGUUUUUCUUAAAGGGACAUUCUACGGAGUUAAACGGUUUAAUUUUAACAUACAUACUGCCUUAAAUGUGUGGUUUAAUAUUUAUAAUCUGCAAAAGCAUGUAUGCGUCCUGCUAAUUUCACCGUGCCAGAAGGUUUCAGCAGCUUGUUUUGUUAUGCUUUUAAUUUGUGCUUUUUCUAAUUUUAUUUUGUGGCACAUAUGACUGUAUUUGUGAGUGUACACUGGAUUGUUUUAUUUUCUAAUUGUGUGUUUUCAGACUUGUUUUGUAGUGAAUUUGUCAUCCAAACCGUACCUGUCACAGGUUUGUACAGCUUUAACAAAAAAAAAAAAAAUCUAUUAUUCAUGGUUAAAAUGAGUCACGGAUGCUCUGACAUCAACCCAACAUCCGGAGGAGGAAUUGUCCCAUGUUUCGCAUUACAUUGAUGAGGUCACAUUUAUAACCGGUCUGUAGCUUGUUGAUGAUGUCACAUUGAUGGUGGGGCUUUAGCCAUUACUGUUAUGCUGUUUAAUAUGUUCUCUAACACAUUCUGUGAGAAUCUAUAAACCUGACACACGGAUUGUUUAAAUAAUGUUUUUUUGUUAACUCCUUACCUAUCAGCGAGGUAAUUUGUUUUUUUUUUUGUUUUGUUUUUUUUAUUGUAAUCCCUAUGCUGCUGGGGAUAGCAAAAGCACUUUUAAGAUGAAGAUUAAAAUUUUAAAAAUUAAAAAA